UAUCAUUUCCUAAAAUAGGCUUCCCAUCCUUUUCCUGACCUUAAACCCUGCAGAUUUCAUUGUGUCCCACAUGAGACACAUUUUAUAAGUCGAUCUGAAUAUAUUAAAACGUUAUAAAUUCAGUCGUUGUUUUACAUUAUUAAUGUGAUAAUAGUAUUUAACAGUAUUAUACGUGUAUAGUGGAUUUGUGUGUCGAUAUAAAAUAGUAUCGUUCCCUUAUUCAUAACGUGUGGCACAGUUCUCAUGUCACAGUAUUCAGUGUCGCUGAAUUUGAGGGAAAUACUAAUACCAACUGGACAAUGUGUUCCAAUUCAUCUUUAUAGUGUAACAAAAGUGAUUUAACAAAAAAACAAUGAGUGUUAAACAGUGCAUCAGGUUUUAAAAUAGUUCAAUUAUUUAUUGCAAAUUUUGCACUCGACACCAGCCAUAAAUAUACACAAUAUGCCUCUCGCUGUGAGUAGCGCGGUGGUGUCGCGCGCGGCGCAGGAUGUCGGAAGAGCAGGCGUGCCUCGUGCGCGCGCGGUCCGAUUCUGAAGGCUCGUCCAAGCACAGCUUCGGAACCAUGACUUAUACUGAGGAUAGACUUAGCGGCACGGAGAGCGGCGGCGGCGAGCCGGGCAACACGAGCCACAUGGCGGCCAGCCCGCCCGACCACGGCACCGACAACAACGAGAGCGGCGAGCUGCUCGACUACAACGACUCCAGCGUGCUCGAGCAGUUCCACGAGGACGCGCUGCGGCAGGCGGGCUCCGGGCUAGCGCAGGCGCGGGUGACGCUCGCAGUGUUCCUGGCGAUAGCGGGCGCCUCGCUCGAACUGUCCGCCAUCCCCUUCAUACUGCCCUCCGCCGAGAUCGAACUCUGUAUACUACCGCACGAGAAGAACUGGCUUAUAAUGAUAAGCCUGGUAGGCGGGUCGCUAGGCGCGGUGGGAUGGGGCGCGCUGUCCGAGCGACUCGGUCGGCGACGGUGUCUCGUGUCAUGCCUCGCUGUUAACGCAGUCUUCGCCGCCAUAGCCGCCUUCAUGCCCACUUAUGGGACUUUCAUGAUGGCUAGAUUCUGUUCAUCCCUGGGGUCUGGUGGCAUAGUCCCUACCUCGUACACGUACUGCGGCGAGAUAUGGUGGCGGGCGCGGCGGGGCGCAGCGCUAGGCGCCCUGGCGGCGGCGGCGGGCGCGGGGGGCGCAGCCGCCGCAGCCCUGGCCGCCGCCGUACUGCCGCAGACCGGCGCCUCCACGCUCAUUGAGAAUAAGGAGCAUUUUAGUGCUUGGCAUAGAUACCUGCUCCUGUGCACGAUCCCGAUCCUGGCGUCGCUGGUGAGCCUGAUCUGGACGCAGGAGUCGCCGCGGUACCUGCUCGACGUCGGCAGGGAGGUCGACGCCAUGAUGGUCUACCAGAGCAUCCACAGCAGCAACAAGUUCCGCGCGUGCGGCGGGUCGGCGGUGUCGGCGGCGGGGCCCGACUACCGCCUCGGGGAGCUCGCGCUGCCCGGCAAGCGGCGCCCCGCCGCGCUGCAUCACGUCCGGCAUAGCGUCAAGAUGUUCUGGCAGUCAUUCUUCCAGUUAUUCUCGAGUACGUACCGGAGGACCACACUCUCGCUCGGAGGGACCUUGCUCUUCACCAUGGCGAUACAGUACUACCUAGCCUCCUACAUACCGGCAACCGUAGUAAAAAUGGAAAGCGAUCUCUACGAGGCGUCAAAACAAAUCGUAGGCAACGACACGUUAACAGACGUGCACUACAACACGACGCUAGAAAACAUAGAGUACUACAACGUGACGUUCAACAAAUGCACCGUGCGCGACAUGUUGAUGUCGCAUGUCGCCUUCCGCAACUGUUCCUUCUACAACGUCGCCUUCUCCAAUCUGAAGACGUCGUUCACUACCUUCGAGGGGUGCUUGUUUGUUAAUAGCACAAUAAUAGACACGGACAUGGAAGUGGAGCGCGAGUUCGACAAGUGGUGCGUGUUCAACAACACGAUAGUGCGGGGGAUGCAGGGGGGAUGCGCGCGGCACGCAGACCUCACGUCCAAGCUGGGCGGGAUGACCACUGAGCAGAGCUACGUGGCACACGCCAUGUUCCUCGUCACCUUCAUCGCUUUUAUGCCACAAAGUUUACGGCCUGUUGUGGCGAUGUGUGGGGCGUGUAUAUUGCUGUCUCCCUUAAUCUACAUAGCGCAGAGCGAGACGGCGCUAUACGUCGUAGAAGCGGUGUAUCGGUUCUUCAUAACGCUGAUAUUUUACUCAGUGGGGGUUAGCGUCGUGGAUUCUUACCCGCAUAACUUGAGAUGCACGGCGCACGGCGUGCUGCUGUCGGCGACGUACGUGGGGGGCGCGGUGGUGCGCGGCGCGGGCGAGGCCGGCCCCCCCCACUCCGCGCUGCUCGCCGCCGCGCUCGCCGCCGCCGCCACCGCCGCCGCCGCCGCCAGGCACUAGGUACACUGAGUCCCAUGGACUCGAUUAAUUUCAGGGAUUUUCAGCAUUAUUGUAAAGUUGUCUUUACAAAUAUUAUUAACGACGGCAACACCUAUUCGUUAGGGUUGCCAUGACAAAAUAUCGAUUAAAAACGAAUUGAGUUGGGUUUUAUAUUAAAAAAGUUUUAUAAAACCGAUAUUUGGAUUUAG